AUGCCUGACAUAAUAGAAACCCCGACGAUAGAUGAAUCAAUAAAACCAAUUCCAAAUGAAACAACAUCGCCACAAAUUCGUCGUCAAUGGUGGAAAGAAUCAGUUGCCUAUCAGAUUUAUCCAAGAUCAUUUCAAGAUUCUAAUGGUGAUGGUAUAGGUGAUAUAGGCGGUAUUAUUCAAAGACUUGAUCAUAUUAAAGAUCUUGGUGCUGAUCUUAUUUGGAUUUGUCCAAUUUAUAAAAGUCCAAAUGAUGAUAAUGGUUAUGAUAUAUCUGAUUAUUCACAAAUAAUGGAUGUAUUUGGUACAAUGGAAGAUGUUGAAAAACUUAUUAAAUGUGUUCAUGAACGAAAAAUGCGUAUUAUUCUUGAUCUUGUUAUGAAUCAUACAAGCGAUGAACAUCCAUGGUUUAUUGAAUCUCGAUCAUCUCGUACAAAUCCUAAACGUGAUUGGUAUAUAUGGAGAGAUGGUAAACCAGGUGGCCAUCGUCCAAAUAACUGGGAAAGUAUAUUUAAUGGUUCAGCAUGGGAAUAUGAUAAAGAAACAGAUCAAUAUUAUUUACAUUUAUUUUCUCGUAAAAUGCCUGAUCUUAAUUGGGAAUGUGCAGAAUUACGUCAAGAAUUAUAUAAUGCUACUUGUUGGUGGCUUGAUCGAGGUAUCGAUGGAUUUCGUAUUGAUGCUGUAUCACAUAUAAAAAAGAAACCUGGUUUACCUGAUCUACCAAAUCCUAAACAUCUUGAAUUUGUUUCAUCAUUUGAUUAUCAUAUGAAUGUUGAAGGUAUUGAAGAACAUUUACAUGAAUUUAAAAAAGGAACAUAUGGUAAAUAUGAUGUUGUAAGUGUUGGCGAAGCAAAUGGUGUUGGUGCUGAUCAAGCUGUUGAAUGGGUUGAUGAAAAACAAGGUUUAUUCAAUAUGAUAUUUCAAUUUGAAGGUACUAAUUUAUGGGAAAAAACAUUGGGUACUUUGGAUGUUUUAGCAUUAAAACGUAUAAUGACUCGUUGGGAAAAAGCACUAGAAAAAAAUGGUUGGAAUGCUUUAUUUAUUGAAAAUCAUGAUAAACCACGUAUUGUUUCAACAUGGGGUAAUGAUAAAGAAUAUUGGAGAGAAUGUGCUACUGCUUUUGCAACUGUAUAUAUGCUUAUGAUGGGUACACCAUUUGUUUAUCAAGGACAAGAAAUUGGUAUGACAAAUGUACGUUUUCCAUCGAUAAAUGAUUAUCCAGAUGUUGCUGCAAAAAAUUUCUAUAAUCUUGAAUUAGCUAAAGGUAUUGAUCAUAAUGAUAUAAUGCAAAUUAUCUAUAUAACUGGUCGUGAUAAUGCUCGAACACCAAUGCAAUGGGAUGAUUCAUUAAAUGCUGGUUUUAGUACGGCACAACAAUCAUGGAUUGGUAUAAAUCCAAAUUAUGUACGUAUUAAUGUAGCACAACAAGAAAAAGAUGAAUAUUCAAUAUUAAAUUUUUAUAAACGUCUUAUACGUUUACGAAAAGAAAAUGAUGUUUUUAUUUAUGGUAUUUAUGAUUUAAUAUUAUCAAGUCAUACACAAGUUUAUGGUUAUACACGUACAUCAGAUACAAAACGAGCUUAUAUUCUAACAAAUUUAACUGAUCGUGUUGCACAAUUCACAUUAUUUCAAGGUUUAUCAUCAUCACAACUUGUACUUUCAAAUUUAAUUGAACCGGUGCCUGAACAUACAGAUGAAAAAUCUUUUAAAUUUCAUCCAUAUGAAAUUCGUGUCUAUAUUAUUGAGCAUAAAAAGAAAGAUCAACAUCAUCAUCAUCAUCGUAAUUCACAUGAGAAGAAAAAGUCUCCAAUAGUUUCAACUGAAUCAACAGCAGCUGUAUCAUUAACAAAAAGACAAAAAGCAGCAUUAGAAAAACUUGAGCAUAUAUCGAAUAAAGCUCGAAAUCAAGUUGAUGAAAAUAUUAUUCUUAAAGCUACAGAAGAUGCAAAAAGAAAAGUUUUAACAACAUUAAAAACAAAAGCGGUUUCAGAAACAACUAUUAACGAUCAAGAAAUAUCAGCAGAUAGUGUUGUAAUUGAUAUUGAAAAUGAAUCAAUACAAAAAAAACGUGAAAGACAACGAUCACUUGUAUUAAAUCUUGAACAUAUUACACCAAUUAAUCCGACAACACCAUCUUGUCAUUCUUCUUCUGAACAACUUCGUCGAUCAUUUUCAGCUCAAGUAUCAACAAAACCUGUGUUAAAAGGUCGCCAUGCUGAUAGUUCAUCUGAUGAAGAAUAUGAAAUAGAAAAACGUACAACGUCAACAAGUGAAUUAGAUGAUGAGACAAGUACUAGUGAUGGAAAAGAUAUUGAUUAUGCCGUUUUAUAUGAUGAUACAAUCGAAGAUUUUAGUUAUACAAGUGCACGUGAACAAGCAAAAAAACGUCUUCUACGUAAUCAACAAGAAAUCAUGUUACAACAAAUAAAAGAACAAGAAUAA